GCUCCGCUUGUGAUAACCAAUCUAUACAAUUGAAUCGUGAUAAAGUCAUUAGUGGUAUAUUCCAGGAUAAAAAGGAUUCCAGAAUAUCGUAUUACAUUGCAUGCAUCGUUCGUUACCUUGGUUUCGGUACAAUUCCAGGGCUAGCAACUUUAAAUCCAACCAUUGCUUUAGAUCAAGAAUCAAA